AUGAGUGGGAGUCAAAUUGGCUGUCCCUUCCGCCCACAUCCUUCAGCACACUUGAAAGAAGGACAGAAGGAUGGAACAACAAAGAACAUCAGAAAUGAGAAAGCAACGAAAUCUCACAGUAAUAGUGGAAAGUCGUCCGAAAGUUGGGUUCGGCAUACAAUUGUUGUGAUGGGCCCACCAAAAGUCGGCAAGACGGCAAUUAUCAAACGAUUCGUGUAUAAUACUUUCAGCCGAAAGUAUAAGCAGAUGGUCGGGAACAAUCAUCCUAUGGAUUUUAAUGUUUAUGGAAACAAAUAUAUAAGAUUUGAUUUUCAAGACUUAUCCAACUUCGAUGAGUUCCCGCCGAUGAGAGAGCUUUUCAUAACAACGGCUGAGGCCUUUAUUUUAGUUUACGACGUAAAUGAUUCAAAUACUUUUCUCGAAGUGGAAGCACUCCGCGCCCAGAUACACAGCACGAAAGGAGCAAUUCCGAUUGUGGUCGUUGGUAACAAAAUCGAUCUUGUAGGGACAGAAAAAGAGGUGGAGACCGAAAGAACUAGAGAAUUUGUAACCACGACAUGGAAAAAUGGCUUUGUAGAAGUAUCUGCAAAAGACGACCUUAAUAUUAACCAAAUGUUUGAACAACUUCUUAUCCAAGCAAAGUGGGAAUAUGAUUUGAGACCAGCAUUGCGUCACCGUCAACAAUCUUUGCCGCCUCCGCAACAUUCAAACUCGCGCAGCAACAGUAGUAGUACUCCGUCCGCGACUCGGUUACAUUUUCAAGAUCGUGAGCGUUCCGAUAGGAAUUGCUGUAUCUUAUAA